UUUCUUUAGCUGUUCUAAACAGUACCGAGAAAAACAGCACGCCGAUGACGGGUGCCCCGCUUGCAGAUGGCUACGACUAGCGGAUGCGCCUUGUAUUCAGCUGUCGUGCGGCCACAUUUUUCACUAUCGUUGUUGCUUGGACGUGUUGAAGAAGGGCUGGAGAGGACCAGAAGUGUCGUUCGACUUUUGUACAUGUCCGACAUGUCACAAGACGUUCGAACAUCCGCUUCUCGAGCAAGCGUUGCAGCCGAUUUGGGACUUGAAGGCGGAGCUGUUGUCGCGUUCCAUUAAAUGGCUGCUGGCCAAGGGAGAGCGCUUGCCAGUAGGGUUGGAGUCAUGCAGCGAUUGGCCUUUGCAAAGAGUCGUGUAUUUCCGGUGCUUUAAGUGCAAGAUGUUUUACUUUGGUGGAUUCCGAGACUCCGUUCCGCGCAGUUCGGUUCGUUUCGAUAUACGGGAAAUGCUUUGCGGUGGUUGCUCGACUCAUACGGCCUGCAACGACUUGAUCGACGUUGCAGCUAUUCCGUGCUCAAAGCACGGAGUGCAGUAUCUUCGGUACAGAUGCCACGAGUGUAGUUCUAUUGCUGUGUUCUUUUCGUUCGACGGCGUGCAUCUCUGUGUUGACUGUUACGCUAAGCGCGUGGCCACCGUCUCAAGGCCGUCUGAACGGAUUCAGCCGUUUCCUUGUGGAUCGUCACUCAUUUAUUGCCCUCUUGAAGUAUUAUAUGGCACAGCUGAAACCGAGUUCAACCUGGGCUGUUCGAUGUGCAGAUUUGGACUAACGUGA